UUAGAGAUGGUUGGAAAUGGAUACACAAAACCUAAAUUACAGCUCCUUUAAUUUCUUUUAUGCCUUCUAACAAACCAGUGAAGCGUUUUUCCGGUGUUCCAAUUGGGAGGAUCGUGAGCGGUGGAAGCGGUGGCCGUAGCUUCAUUCUGACGCCAUGAACACUGUUAUCUGCCACCGCCUAAGGCUAAGUCCAAAACUUCUUCUCUAUUCUUUCCCCAACCCCUCUUUCUCGUUCUCAACAACCACUUCCGAUUCUGUCUCCUUCACCAUAUCUUACCUCACCAACACCUGUGGCUUCACACAAGAGGCUGCACUGAAACUAUCCAAACAACUUCGUUUCAACACCGCCCAAAAACCCGAGUCCGUCAUCUCCUUCUUCCAAACCCACGGUUUCUCCGCCCCCCAAAUCCACCGCAUCCUCAGCAACCGUCCCCAACUCAUGGUAUGCAACCCCACCCGAACGCUUCUCCCCAAAUUCCACUUCUUGGCCUCCAAAGGCGUUUCUGCAUCCGACGUCGUUUCCAUUGUCACUAGGAACCCCCAUUUCCUCUGUCGCAGCCUCAAAAACUGCAUCUUCCCCAGCUUCCAACUCUUCCGAAGGUUCUUUUCUUCCGACCUCAGAGCCCUCACUGUUUUCGUCGACUGGCCCUAUGUCAUCGGCAAAACUCACUUGGAAUCAAACGUUGAAAGGUUGCUCGACGCCGGAGUCUCGCACGUUGGCAUUCGGCACUUGCUCUCCUCUCGGUCUUUGGCUCUCUGCUUCAACCUGAGAAACCUUGUGGAGGAAGUGAAGCUGUUGGGGUUUGACCCUCUGAAGGUGACCUUCGCUAUGGCCCUUGAGGCCAAAAGUACUGUUUCCAAACCCCGUUGGGAUGCCAAAGUCGACGUCUUGAAGAAAUGGGGUUGGUCUGANGAUGAGGUUUUGGUUGCGUUUAGGAAACAGCCUAAAAUGAUGCUCUGUUCCAUGGAGAAACUUGAUGCAGUGACGGGGUUUUGGGUGGGUCGGCUUGGAUGGGAUCGUUCUGCGCUUAUUGCAUACCCUUUGUUGUUUAGGUACAGUUUGGAGAAAAGACUUGUUCCGAGGGCUUUGGUUCUGCAGCAUCUUCUCUCCAAAGGAUUGGUGAAGAAGGAUGCUAGCAUCUUCUCACCAUUUUCUAACACUGAUGAGGAGUUUAUGAAAAAGUAUGUGAGAUCUUUCAAGGAGGAAACACCCUGGUUACUAGAGCUAUAUCAGAAGGGACAGGGAGCAUCCUAGCAUCUGGAUGUUGAGAUUUAAUUUACUUCAUGCACAUACAUACAAAUGAUUGAUCCAGGAGAGUAAAAGGUGUUGUUGUUAGAGAAAGCCUUUGCAGGACUGCUACUAUUUUGUGAGGAAGAAGAGGAUAAUUUGCAUCAUGUUGUUUCGUUGAAUACUGCUUUGAAGAAAUGAUCCCGAUCACGUUUAUUAUUAAAUAUGACAAUAAAAACACUAAUAUAUUAGCUAUCUGAUUGGUAAUGAGAAAAUGAGCAAGGUGCGAGGUAUUUUCAAAUGGCAAGAUGACAAAACAGAACCAGAAGCACCAACAGUGAAAGCAGGCAAAGGAAUAAGGGAACAAAUUCUUAGUGAAUUGAGAGAGAAAGGAUGAAAUCCAAAAUCCUUUAAAACAUUUACUAGUGCUAUAACUUAGUUUUGACAUAAUUAUUUGUUCUUUAAAGUUCUCUCUUCUUAUUCUUUAGAAUAUUUUCCCCUAUUCCUAAUAACAUUUUGCUUACUAUAUUCGGUACAUAAUUCAUUAUAGGUUCUUUAAGCGCCCAUAAAAUUGAGUUGUAAUAAGAUUACUUCUUAGAUUUUCUGCUGCAAUUGCCACUGUCCAUCAAGAUGUCAAUACAUAUUUCUGCUGUAAGAUGGAAACAGCAGCAGGUAGAAAAACUGCAACCUAGAUAGUAUGUGAAAAACGCAUCAGGAAGAAGAAACGGAAAGGGGAACCAAAGGAGAAUAGAAGAUCGAAAGAAGAAACAAGAAAAGGAAAAAAUUGAUAAAGACAGAAUGAUUUAGAAUUACACGGCAAACAGCAAAAAUAAAAAAUAAAAAUGCUUAGUUUAGUAUAAGCAUAAAACGGAUAAAACAGUAAAGCGCUAAGCAAGCUAUGCUAGCGCUUAGCUAUAAACAUAGGCAUUCAGAAUUAAGAAUACUGAGAGCCUCCCUCAAGUUGGGAGUAACUAUUGGGCAUUCCCAACUUGAAAUAUAACGUGUGGAAUAUUUUAUGAUAUCACAUGUAUAAAAUACAUUACUAAUUAAGUAGAAGUGAGAAAAAAAAAACUGCAUAUUGAACCACUAUUUUUCAAUGCUGAUCAAAACUCUAAGGUGUGUUGACUUGGGGAAGGAAAAGAAAGAGAGUGAAUGAAUGAAUUUGAGGGAAUUUGAGAUGAAUUAAGUGUUAUUUGUAAAAGUCGAAUAAAAUAAAAAUAUCUUUUAUUUUUAUUUUAUAUAUUCUAAUAUUAAUGUUUAAUCAUUGUAUGAUUUUUGGUGAUAAAGAGUGUUAAGGUGAUGUGUGAAAGGUUAAUUAAUGAUUGUUUUAUUUAAUUUUCGAAAUAAGUUAAAGAAAGGUUAUAUUUUUAUUUGAAAGAGGAAGCUUGGUAUUUAUUAUCUACAUUGCAUGCUGCAUGUUAGGGGAUGAAUUCCCUUUUGAACUGUUUCUUUUAACUUUAGAAAGAAGGAGGAAAUAGAUAAUUGGGCCCGGGAAGACUUUAUUAGCUAAUAGGUUUUGAUCUUUUACUUUUGUUUUUACAUGGAUGUCAGAGGAAUUACAAGCUUUAUAAGAGAGGAGAGAGAGAAAUGUAAUCUCUAUAUAUUAUUUUUCGUGAAACAGAAACAGAAACCUUAGUUUAUUUUUGGUACAUUGCACACAGAGGUAAGGGCUUGGGUCUUAAGUUUAAACAAAUAAGUAAUUAAGUAGGAGAAAAAAAGAGAGAGAUAUUUAAGUGAGUGUAGAUGGUAAAACCUAGAAAAAAAAGAUAGAUCCAUUGGAGCCGAAAGACAGGAAAAACUAACCCUAAUUUUCAUAAUCCACCAAAAAGCAACUGCGAUGGAAACUCUAUCCUUGUACGAAAAUAAUGAGCGUGGUGAGAAAACUCUUGCCGUGGGGAGUGAUUGAUCGAGCAAGAGGGGAGAAGCGGCAGUGCUCUUAACAUCAAAAUCGUAAGAGGUUAAAGUGGUUAGCAAGCUCAAGAAAAGCUAAGGUAAGGAGAGUUGACAUUACUUUGUUGUUGUGUUUAUUUAUGAUUCUGUAAAUUAUGGGAAUAAAUAUAUGUGUAAAAAGAACUGAUCUUGCUUGUUUUAUUUGGUGUGCUUAAUGUGGGAUACCUAUGAAAUGAAUGCAUGGUUGUUGUUUUAGCAUGUAUAAUUGUGGUUUGUUCUUCCAUAAUAUGGUUGUGUACCUUGGUUGCUAGUUGAGUCUGACUUCGUCUUGUUGAAUUAGAUUAGAGUUGGGCUAGAAAGGAUAUUAUUGUUUAAAUGGUUGUAGCAGGAGAUAGGACUUCCAUUUGGUGUUAUAAGUUUUUGUAUGCAGUACUUUCGACUGGGUUGUGUUUUUAGGCAAAUAGUGAAUACAUGAAAAAGGAGUUAAUAUAUUAGGUAACGUCGAAUAGGCUAAUGUCUCUAAGUUUUUCUUCAUGAAUUAAUAUACCUCAUUGUACGUGUUAUGUACUUUUGCUUUUAAUAGGUUCGUGUAAAAUAUAUUUAGCCAUUUCUUGCAAAAGACAAAGUUAUAUGGUUCAUUAUAUGUUGUUAAGUAUCUUAAAUUUAUAAUAAUGUUAUCACAUAAUAUUCUUUUAUCAUGAAAUAGUAAAUUAUCAAAUAACAUAAUAAGUGGCAUGCAGAAUAUAAUAAUAUUAUCAAGUAAUUUUAUUGUGGAGUAAUAGACAGCUAGCUAGUAGUAAGUAUUGCAUGCUUUUAAUGAAUUACUAACGUGAUUUCUUUGAAUAUUCUUUUAUAUAGAUGUUAUCUAAAGAUAGAGUAUUAGGGGUCAAUUAUAUAUAUAUUGUUGUUGGAUGAUUGAAAUUUAUAAUAAAUCAUGCGGCUUUGAGGGGAAACAUAAUGUGAUUGGAUUAUGAAAUGUAUCAAGUGCGUGGUUUCUACACAAUAUUGAGUUGCUUUUUUCUGGUACUCAACUUAAUUUAAGACGUGUGUAACUCUGAUUUUUAGCAUAACAUGGGUAGUUGUAUGAGAAUGCCUACCACAUUUGGGUUUGCCGCUUGGUCAUGCAAGCAUAAUAUGGUUUAUUUCUUGUGGAAUUGAGUUUAUGUUUGUGAUGUCCGGUGAAACUCUUGGAAGAGUUGUAGAAGUAGCACUGGUAUUUUUCCGGUGAAGCUCUUUGGGAAUAGAGUAGUGGGGGUAUAUACUUGUCCGAUGAAGUCUAAGAGGGUGGUGGAAAACAUACUUGCUUGGGGAAGCUCUAAGAGAAUGGUGGGAAGUGGUGUACUUGCCGAUGAAGCCUUCUAGAGAGUGGUGGGAAAUGUCAUUUUGUACUGGUGGGAAAGUGUAUCGGCUCGAUGAAGCUCUUUAAGAGGGUGGUGGAAGGUAACACUCGACUUAGGUUGUAUGCGAGUAACCUGAUGGUGAUUCAAAUGGUUUCAAAUAAAAUUGGGGUAUGAGUUGGUGAAUGAUCGAGGGAGUCUGGGGUGAAUUGGUUACUUUAAUGAAAUCCUUUUGUGGUUAUAUAUGCUGGUGACUUGGAAUUUUGAUAGUGCAAGUGUUAAUGAUGUGGUGUGUUGCCAUGUAAAGAUGUGUGUAGGAGUGCGAUGAUAUGUACUAUUCGUAAAUCUUAUUCUAGGUUGAUGUUGAAUACUUAUGAAUGUUAUAUGAUUUUUUCUCUUAGUUCACCCUUGCAUGUUAUGGUUAUGGUUUCCACCUGUGAUGAUCGUACUUGUAUUGGAGUAGGUAUUGUUACAGAUGUAGCUAAAGCGAAGUUGAGCAGCAAGAUACAUGGAAGAACUAUGGGAUUUUAGUUUCAAUGUUAAUAGUUUUGUAAUAGAAUUUUGUGAAUGCUUUUGUUUUUGUUGAUUGAUU